AUGCAACAUGUUCCUCUCGUUGAUGAAGAGCAACCAAGUUCUUCUGCUGGUCCUAUGGGCCCACGACCUUCUAGUGAUGAACAAGUUGAUUUAAAGGAUGGUCAACCGCUGACAUUGGAAUUGGACUUGGAGAAUAAAGUUGGGGAGGUGGGCUCAGCCAUGAAUAAUCAGCUAGUGGAAGUCAUGGAGUUAAAUGUGGAUGGGCUUAGCAUGAAUGGUGAUCGGAUGACUGUGGUCAAUGAGGGUGCUCCAGUGGAACAAUUUAUUCCCAAUGUCUGUGCUGCUAUGGUCAAGAAAGAAAAAGUUGAUGAGGCAAAAUCAGAAGGCGAAUCUGAUAGAGAUAGGCUGAAAGAUGACAUGCGAAAAGAUUAUUGCUCUGAUUCUGAAAAACCAUGGAAAACGGGAGUUGGUUCUUCCAGGUCUCGUUUGAAGAAAAUUAUUAAAAAUUAUAGGCCUAAUAUUGUUGCCUUGGCUGAGCCUUUUCUGAUGGAAGAUAAAAUUCCUAAUUAUCUGGAGACCUUUAGUUGGUCUAAUCAAUUUGUUUCAGUGAAAGUUGAGGAGAAUGGGUUUACAUGCAUCCUUAUUAUUGUGUAUGCUAAGUGCAAUUCGUUAGAGAGGAAGUUUCUUUGGGAGGACUUGGUUGCUUCUAGUAACAGUAACUAUCCAUGGCUUGUUUGUGCUGAUUUCAAUAAUAUUAAAGAGGAUUCUGAUCGUAAAGGGGGCCAACCUCGUCCUUUUGCAGCGAUGGAAGACUUUAAUUUGUGCAUUCAAAAUCGUGGUCUGCUUGACAUGAGUUCCAUGGGCUCGAGGAUGACUUGGUGUAAUGGUCAGAGAGGUUUGGCCCGUAGCUGGGCAAGGUUAGAUCGUUGUUUUAUUGAUACUAAUUUUCUUAAUUGUUAUCCUAACAUGUUUUAUCAGGUCUUGUCCUGUACUUCUUCGGAUCAUUCUCCUUUAGUUCUCCAAAUGGGUGACGAUCCCUUCAGGUAUGGGCCUAGUCCUUUUCGCUUUCAAUAUAUGUGGACUGAUCAUGUUAAUUUUCUUGGUUUUGUUGAGGGGGUGUGGAAUCAAGAGGGACCUGGUUUCGGGUUUUGUAAAUUAUCUUUUAAGCUGAAAAGGAUGAAGUUUGCAUUAAGAGAUUGGAAUCAACGUGUAUUUGGGAGAACUAAUGUUAUUAUUAGUGAUCUUGAGACUCGUAUUGAUACCCUGGAAACUUGCCUUCAAAACUCUUUUUCAGUGGAGGAUGAUAAUAAUCUUUUGGCUACUAAUCUGGAUCUUUUAACUUGGAAGGGUCGAGAAGAUAUUCGUCUCUCUCAUAUGGCCAAGAAAAGUUGGCUUAAAGAUGGGGAUCAAAAUUCUAAAUUUUUUCAUGCUUACUUGAAAGCCAAAUUUCGUAAAAGAGUUACUGAUGUGUGUCUCGCAGAUGGUACUCUUUUACAAACUCCGCUUGAUAUCCACCAAGCGGUUGUUGAUUAUUUCAAAAAAAUUUUGGGUGAGUAUAGUAGUGGUGAGUUACCCAAUUUAGGUGAUUUCAUGUUUCCUGUGAUUUCUGAUAAUGAGAAUUUGAUGCUUUGUAGUAUCCCAUCCAUUGAGGACAUUAAGGCUGCUCUUUUUAGUAUUCCUAUUGAUAGUAGCCUGGGUCUUGAUGGUUUUGGUUCUGGGUUCUUUAGGGUUGAUAAGCCUAAUGGUUUUGAUAAAUUUAGGCCUAUUAGUCUGUGCUCUGUGUUUUAUAAGAUUUGUUCUAAGAUCAUUAUGGGUUGUCUGACGAAUCUUCCUUCUAAGCUGAUCUCUCAAGAGCAAGGAGCUUUUAUUCCUGGGCAUAGUAUUUUUGAUAACAUUAGUCUCACUCAGGAGAUGGCUAGAGGUACGCCUUUUAUUUCCCACCUUAUGUAUGCCGAUGAUAUUGUCAUAUUUGCUAAUGGUGGUAAUAAGUCCAUGAAAAGUUUGAUGGAGGUCUUACAUGUUUAUGAGCUCUGGACAGGUGUCUUUCCUUUUAAGUAUUUGGGUGUUCCUAUUGUGGUUAGUAGGCUUAAGGUUUGUGAUUUUGGUGAGUUGCUUGGGAAAGUGAGUAAGAAAAUUGCAGGUUGGAAAAUGAAAUUGCUUUCUGCUGGUGGGCGGGUUAUUCUUUUGCACCAUGUUUUGUCUAGCAUGGCCACUCAUCUUCUUGCUGUUUUACAAGUUCCUAAAGGGGUGCUUCUAGCUUUGAAUCGGAUUCUUAGUUCCUUUUUUUGGGGUGCUUCAGAUGGCAAAGGUAAACAUCAGUGGGUGGCUUGGCAUUCUAUUUGUACUCCUACGGAGGAAGGAGGCUUGGGUAUUCGUGAUUUUGGAGAUAUUCAAAAGGCCUUACACAUGAAAUUUGCCAGGCGUCUCAUUCAGGUUCAGUCUUUAUGGACUGAUUUCUUUAGAGGUAAGUAUGUGCAGGGUAAUCAUUUAUCUUUAUUGAAUCCUAAUAAGGGUACUUGGUUUUGGAAAUCUAUUAUUCGUAGUAUUCCAGAGGUUCUAAAUAAUUCAAAGUGGAUGGUUAGGGAGGGUAAUAUCUCUUUCUGGUAUGAUAAUUGGGAGGAUGGUGGUCCUCUCAGUGCUCAUCAUCAGGUGAUUGAGAAUCCUUUGUUGAAAAUUAAAGAGUGUUGGGUGGAUGACGGUUGGGAUAUUCCCCUCUUGGAGAGAUUAAUGGGGAAAGUAAAGGGUCAGAUGGAGGAUUUAAAUCAUGUGAUGUGUACUGGCGAUUUUGCUAGACAAAUUUGGCGUCUGGCUGCGACCCAUUUAGGUGUUCAUAUGGGUGUUUUUCAGACGUGGAAGGAGCAAGCUAAUUUCUGGUUCCGUCGUGCUGGUAACUCUUCUCAGUUACGGAUUAUUUUUGGUCUUCUUCCUUCUAUUCGAUUGGACAUUUCGGUUUUAGUCCCUAAGCCCAAGCAAGCUCGUGUGGUUAGGUGGCUCCGGCCUCCCCAAGGUUGGAUGAAGCUGAAUUCGGAUGGUAGUAGUUUAGGGAAUCCUGGGCCGGCAGGUGCUGGGGGGUGA